CUAUGAAAAUUGUCUAACACUUACCCUAGUUGAUUGUAUGAAGAAAAAAAUUAGUUAAUUUAAUUAAAACUUAAAAUGUCAUCAAAACAGAAUGCCAAAAAAUCUAAAUGGUCACUCGACUUCAAUGGAAGUAAAAAUGCGGAACUAUCGUCAGUGUCGCCCCCAGGGUACAAUCCAACUGCCCUGGUCAAUCAAAAUGAAGUAGUGCGUGAUCAACGUUUAGUAAUCAAGAAAUCCUGGGAUCUGGCCUUGGGGCCAUUAAAGAAUAUACCAAUGAAUCUAUUUAUUAUGUACAUGUCCGGAAAUUCGAUAUCCAUAUUCCCCAUUAUGAUGGUAGGCAUGAUGCUUAUACGGCCAAUUAAGGCAGUGUUCACCACUCAAGUCACCUCGAAAAUGGCAGAAGGCGCCCAAGGUACGGGCCAGCGUAUUAUCUAUAUUCUUGGAAAUUUGGCAAAUGUUGCUCUGGCCUUAUACAAAUGUCAUAGUAUGGGCCUGUUACCCACUCAUGCCUCCGAUUGGCUGGCAUUUGUUCAACCCCAGACGCGGCUGGAAUAUUAUGGUGGCGGGAUAUCAUUUAUAUAGAAAUUAUUUUAAAGAUAAAUUAAACUUGGCUUUAUUGCAUGACUAUGAGCGAAAAAAAACAUUUUUGUAUAGUUUGA